ACAUAUUUCAAACCCUAAUAAUUUGCAAUUGCACCCAUUAUUCCCAAACUCAAUAACAAUCUCACCUGACACCCAACUCAUCAUCACCAUAUUGUGAUCAACAGAAACAACAAGCUGAUCCAAACAGAAACGUAUUCACUCGAACAACAUACAUUUCAAUUAAAUGGCACAAGACCCAUUUGAAACAGUAUCAUCUUCAUCUUCUUCUUCUUCAAUGAGAACCCAUGAGUAUAAUGGAAAUAAACAGGUGAAUUCAUCGUCACUUUCAUCAAAGUUUCCGUUAACAUGUUGGGAGAUUGCAGGUGCAUCUGGGGUUGUGUUAACUUUCGCCUUAGGUCUCCUCGGAGUUUAUCUCACUUUGCCGGAUUCUGAUUACAGUUUUCUUAAGCUUCCCAGAACACUUGAAGAUCUUCAUAUUCUUAGAGAUAAUCUCGAGAGAUAUACAAGUGACUACACUAUCCAAGUCUUAGUGGGAUAUUGCACCGUCUACAUAUUUAUGCAAACUUUUAUGAUCCCGGGAACUGUUUUCAUGUCACUGCUUGCUGGGUCCCUUUUUGGGGUAUUGCGAGGUGUAACUCUUGUCGUCUUUGCCGCUACUGCUGGUGCAUCUUCCUGCUACUUUUUAUCUAAGUUGAUUGGACGCCCCCUUAUCUCGUCUCUGUGGCCCGAUAAAUUGGUUUUCUUCCAAGACCAGGUGGCUAAAAGGCGAGAAGGGUUGUUGAAUUACAUGCUUUUUUUAAGGUUGACCCCGACCCUACCUAAUAUGUUCAUUAAUGUUGCUUCGCCGAUAGUAAAUGUGCCAUAUCAUACAUUCUUGCUGGCCACUUGCAUCGGGCUCAUUCCAGCUGCUUAUGUAACCGUCAAGGCUGGAAUAACUCUCGGAGAACUAGAGUCAAUUGGAGAUCUAUACGACAUCACCUCAAUAGGAACCUUGUUUCUCAUUGGGCUUGCAUCAGUUACCCCUACACUUAUAAGCAAGAAGAUGCCAUCAUAGUGUAGUUUAUCACGAUUCAAUCAACCCCUCUUGAGAUUUAAAAUCUUUACAAUACAAGUCUACCCUCAAUAACAACCCCGGGUUCCCAGUUGGGAUUCGGUGGUUCGUGCUGCAGAUGCUGUUGAGGGAAAAAGGACCUGCAUUAUUGUUUACAACUUGCUCUCUUCUGUACAAGGGCAAUACAGUAAAAUUGCUACAUGCAGUUUAGUUGAAAAAUUAAUUUAUCACUGUAAAGAAAUAUAUGUAAAAGAUGGAUUCUGUUUUAUGAAAGUUUUCGGUGUUUAAAGCA